AUGUCUUUGAACGAGACCUUCAACCUCGGCGGCAAUAGUACCGCCGCCGGCCAGAAGAAUGGCCAGAGCGCCGGUCAGUUCGCCGCCUCUCUGGUCACCGCCAUUGCUGUCUUCGUCAUCGAAGUCGGUGCCUUCCUCCUGAUAAAAGAUCGGUUUGCCCGAAUAUACCAGCCCCGAACCUAUCUGGUACCGGAAAGAGAACGGACGAAACCAACCCCACCCGGGUGGUGGAAAUGGAUGAAGCCCGUCCUGAGCACCAGCAAUUCCGAGUUCGUGCGAAAAUGUGGCCUGGACGCCUACUUCUUUCUGCGAUACCUGCGCACGCUUCUGAAGAUCUUCGUGCCGGCGGCCAUGGUUAUCCUGCCCAUCUUGAUACCUCUGAACAUGGUCGAUGGGCGAGGUGCUCACUGGGCAGUUGGCCCACACGAGAAUGCCACCAAUGUUACUGGUCUGGACAAAUUGGCCUGGGGUAACGUCGCACCUACUCACACUGGACGCUACUGGGCUCACUGGCUCCUGGCCCUGAUAUUGAUCAUCUGGGUGUGCUUUGUCUCGUUCGAUGAGUUGCGCAACUACAUCCGUAUGCGUCAGGCAUAUCUGACCUCGCCACAACAUCGGCUACGGGCGUCGGCCACCACGGUCCUGGUCAGUUCGAUACCUCGAAAAUGGUGCACCGUCGAAGCCCUGGAUGGUCUCUACGACGUAUUCCCUGGCGGCGUCCGGAACAUUUGGAUCAAUCGGAAUCUCGACGAACUCAGUGACAAAAUCAAGCGACGCGAUAAGCUCGCGGCAAAGCUGGAGUCGGCCGAAACGGAUCUCAUCCGGAAAUGUUUCAAGAAGAACGAGGAAAACAUUGCCAAAGCCGAGAAAGCAGCGGGCAAGAAACCCUCCAAGCAAGAAAAGGAGCUCCGGGACACCAUUAGGAAUGAAGCCGGCGAUCAAGCAGCUCACGGGCACGGUGUCACCAUCGGAAACCCCCAUCAAGUGAACCAUAAUCUGCGUGAAGUGCUUGAAGGUCAUGCUGAGGAUGGUUCUUCCUCUACUGCAUCUUCUGACGCCGACCCCGAGGAGGACCAAGAGCGUCAAAGAUAUGUCCUUCCCGUUCCUAUACUCGGGGAAGGUAUCUCGGCAGUUACGCAUGGCUUGGGCAAGGUUGGCAACCGCAUGAUAGGAGGCAUCCGAGGUGUCAACAAGGGGCUUAACGAGACUAUCGACACCACCAAUGGCUUUGUUCCUGCAGAUGCUGAACAGAAUCAAACACCCCAUAGAAGUUCUGGUGACCAGCCUCAACCCCACGUUGAGGUUCCCAGCACACCAACCAGAAGACCCACUGGCAAACGAAGUCCUGACGCAAAAGAUGUAUUUGCAAAAGGCCGUGGACCGACGUUGGAGAGGUCUGAUGGCGAGUAUGAGCUCAACAGUCCCAUCUCUCAAUCUAGUACAGUGAAAGAUGAAAAGACCAAGCCUGAAAAACGGGUCAGCACCUUUCAAAAGGUCAAGAAAGCAAUUGGUCUUGGUGCGGGUGAGGAAAAGGAACCCGUUGACUACCCUGCGGCCUUUGAGUCGGAGUUCAAACACGAUCCUGACGAUGCAAUCUGGAGGCGCUAUCUGUCCGACAAAGAUCGUGACACGAUGAGACUUCCUGUCUUUGGCUGGAUGCCUGCACUCCCUUUGAUGGGCCAGAAAGUCGACACCAUUCGCUACUGCCGCGAAGAAGUGGCCCGGCUCAAUGUCGAGAUUGAAGACGACCAAGCUCAUCCGGAACGAUUCCCUCUCAUGAACUCUGCGUUCAUCCAGUUCAACCAUCAAGUAGCCGCCCAUAUGGCUUGCCAGGCUGUCAGUCAUCAUCUGCCCAAGCAGAUGGCGCCUCGUUUGGUGGAGAUCGAUCCAAAGGAUGUCCUUUGGGACAAUAUGUCGAUCCAGUGGUGGUCAGCCUACAUCCGGACUUUUGGUGUCGUGGUUCUUGUGGUGGGCAUGAUCAUCCUCUGGGCAAUCCCUGUCGCCUUCACCUCUGCGCUGUCGCAGCUCGAAACGGCGGCCAAAACGUUCGAAUGGCUCCACUGGGUUCUGAGCAUUCCCGCCUGGUUCAGGAGUGUUCUCCAGGGUGUGCUGCCGGCCGCUCUACUGGGUAUCCUGACCGCCCUCCUCCCUAUGAUCUUGCGAUUCCUGGUCAAAACUCAAGGGACCCAGUCCGGUAUGCUUGUGGAGCUAUCGGUCCAGAAAUACUACUUCUUCUUUCUGUUCGUCCAACUGUUCUUGGUCGUCUCGAUUGCGUCUGCCUUGACACAGUUCUUCUCCCUGUUCACCAGUGUCGAUGGCUGGACGAACGUUCCGAAUCUGCUGGGCACGAAUAUCCCCAAAGCCAGCAACUAUUUCUUCUCAUACAUGCUUCUGCAGGCCAUGUCAGUGAGUGCCGGAGCACUCCUCCAGGUAGGAUCACUUAUCGGGUGGUUCAUCCUGGCUCCGAUCCUGGAUAGCACGGCCCGAGCCAAAUUCAAGCGACAAACGAAUUUGUCCAACAUCCAAUGGGGCACGUUCUUCCCUGUCUACACCAACUUGGCCUGCAUCGGCUUGAUCUACUCAGUCAUUGCGCCGCUGAUUCUGGUGUUCAACAUCAUCACUUUCUCUCUGUUCUGGUUCGUCUACCGGUACAACACGCUGUACGUCACUCGGUUCACCCGCGACACCGGCGGGUUGCUGUAUCCGAACGCGAUCAACUUUACUUUUGUCGGUGUCUACGUGAUGGAGGUGGCUUUGAUCGGCAUGUUUUUCCUCGUCCGAGACGAGAACAACAGCGUUGCAUGUUCAGGGCAGGCCAUCGGCAUGAUCGUCAUCCUUAUAUUGACGGCCGGAUACCAAUAUCUGCUGAACAACGCCUUUAGCCCGUUGUUCCGCUACCUGCCCAUCACUCUCGAAGACGAUGCAGCUCGCCGAGACGAGGAAUUCGCCAGAGCGAUGCGGAAGAAGCACGGGAUCAUCGACAACGAGGACGAAGAAGAGCCUCUCGAGGACCAACUGGAGCGUAACGAGCGCCAGGAAUUGGAAGAAGACCGACAGGCUCGGGAGCGGGAGCGGGAGCAAAUCGAGCGGGACAGGCAGGAGCGCCAGGCACGACAGCAAUCGCGUGAACCGCAGCCGGUGCAGGUCCAGAAUCCGGAGAUUACACUGGACCUAGACAAGGAGAGCAGAGGCCUUCGAAUGGUGCGAUCCGCAGCGGCAAAGACAGCGGACACGACCAAGAACCUCGUGCCAGGAAGCAAGCCACGAACCGGACUGCGCAAGUCCUGGGCCGCCCGAGACGACCCGCGCAAUCACAGAUCGUCCAGUUUCAACAGCAGCUUGCCAGAUGGAACAUCACCACAAUCGCCACAAUCGCCAACAGGACGACGACGACAGCAACAGCAGCUACAGCCGGACCUGAAUCAAGACACUUAUGUCUCGGGUGACGAUGACCCAGCCACUGAAGCCCAACGCGGCGGCGGACGUCGCUCGCACAAGCGCCACCUCUCCCCGCCGCGCGAUGUGCUGGACAAACUCAACAACUUCAACCCGCUGACGGGCAACGAGAAGGACGUGGAGGCCCAGCGCGCCGCCCGUAAGGAGCUGGCCGACGCGCUGUUCGGCGGCGUGCACGACGAGCUGGAGGAUCUGACCCCCGAAGAGCGCGACCGGCUGGUCCAGCGGGCGUUCCAGCACAGCGCGCUCCGGGCCCGCCGGCCCGUCAUCUGGCUGCCGCGCGACGACCUGGGCGUUAGUGACGAAGAGGUCCACCGCAUGGGUCGUUUCAGUGCCCAUCUCUGGGUCAGCAAUGUGCGCCAGGGCCUGGAUUCCAAGGGCCGCUGCGUCUACAGCGGCGCGCCGCCAGACUUUAGUGAAGUCGACUUGAUCCAGUUGUAG